AUGACCAGGAUAGACAUAUCAUUUGAUGUUCAAGAUUUGAGUCAGUAUAAUAUGCAUGCUCCAAAAGAGUCUCACAUGGAAGCAACUCUCAGGGUAGUCAGAUAUAUUAAAACAGCUUUGGGGUUAGGCUUGUGUAUGCCUUCACAAAGCUCAAAAUUACUAACUGCCUACUGUGACUCAGAUUGGGGUACUUGUGUGCAAUCAAGGAAAUCUGUCAAAGGCUAUCUUGUAAAAUUUGGUGAUGUUAUUAUCUCUUGGAAAUCGAAGAAACAAGAGACUGUUGCUAGGAGUUCUGCUGAAGCUGAGUUCAGGAGCAUGGCAUCAGCAGAGCUGAAAUCACAUGGCUUAUUGGGCUAUACAAGGAGUUAG